AUCCUAGUUAGUUCCAGCUGCCAACUUGACACAGUCUAGAGUUAUCUGAGGGAAUCUCAGCUGGGAGAUUGCCAACAUCUGAUUGGCCUGUGACCACCUCAGUGACCAAUUCUGUUGACUGAUGAUUGAUGUGGAAGGGUCCACAGUGGGAGGUACCAUCCCUACACAGAGCAUGAGGCAGUGAGAGAGCCACAACAUGGGCUACAGUUUUGACCGGGCUAGCAAGGAUGUGGUUAAAAAGCUUCAAGGAAGAGAUCUGAGGCCUGUGGAAUGCCUGUCAGAUGCAACCAAAUUCCGCCUAUUUCACAUACUCCAGGAGACUCCUCGAUCAGGUUGGGAAACUGAAGAUAUUCCAGUUGGAUUUACCCUUCUGGAUCUCUUGGAGCCCAACUUUCCUGUUCCAGAGCCUGAAGUGUCUGCUCCCAAGCCCUUCAUACAUGUCCAAUCAACAGACCUGGAGGCUAACUUGAAUGUCGCAGACAUUGCAAGAGGAGGUGUAGGGUAUGUUGGGUACGGUGGAUACAACAUCGAGGUUCAGAGUACAAGCAUCCCAAAUCCAAAACUGGAAAUUCUUCAAAACAGGAAACUGUUGGAUAAGUUGCCCACAUUUAUGAAGUUUUGCCGGAUGGAAAGGAAGAACCUGUAUGUGGUGACAGAGGCCUAUGAAGUGUCCAAGGAUACUAUGCUGACAGGAUUAAGCAGUGUCAAUCUUUUAGUUAAAGGGUUCUUCAAACAGCUUUUCAAGGUUCGAGGCAAGGCGGGAAGGUCGGAAAAGUAUUCAAUACCUAUCCCAAAGGGUUCGGUGUUGGCCUAUAAGAAGCAGCAACUUGUCAUUGAGAAUAACACUUGUGUCAUUCUCCCUUCUGCUACUAAGAAGAAGAUGACCUUUCCAGACAGACCUUUGAAAUUAUAUGAUUUACCUGUAACGCUAAGAUAUCAGGAGGAAGUCAUUGAGACAGGCUCUUGGAUAGAUGACAUCGAUCCAAUUGGAACAAUUGAGGAGCCUGCCAAUCUAAAUUUUAUGUGUCUACAACAUGAAGUAUCUGAACAAACACAACUACUGGCUGAGCUCUCAAAGGAUGUUCAAGAAGUUGUGUUCUCCAGUUUCCUGCAUAUGCUCAGUGACAGGGAUGUUCUGUAUGACCUGAUGAAAAUGCUGGAGUUGAAUCAGUUGGGGCAUAUGGAUGGCCCAGGUGGCAAAAUCCUGGAUGAGCUGCGAAAGGAUUCUAGCACCCCACAUGAUGUCCUAAAGGACCUCAAUCUUUAUCUCCUUCAAGCUCUGUUGGUGCUGAGUGAUACCCAACUCUGUCUGCUGGCCCAGUCUGUGAAGAUGGGGCUCCUCCCGCACCAAGUAGAGUUGGUAAAGAGCAUCUUACAGACAAACUUCAAGUAUUCCUCAAACACUCCCUUCACACUCCAGCCUCAGCUUCUUGCCCCACUCCAGGGUGAGGGCUUGGCCAUUACUUAUGAAUUGCUGGAGGAGUGUGGUCUGAAGAUGGAGCUGAAUAAUCCCAGGUCAACUUGGGAUUUGGAAGCCAAGAUGCCCCUGUCUGCUCUCUAUGGAAGCCUGUCAUUUUUACAGCAACUUCAGAAGGCUAACUCUUCCUCCAAGCCCAGCCUCAGUCCUGGAUACAUUUGAGAUAUUACACCAUAGCAUACACAAGAGUCGUGAAUCGAGUGCAUGUUUUAGGCUGGUGGGAAUAAAGAUGCUAUGGAUCCUUUCUUUUCUUUUUUUUUUUAAGUACUAUUGAUUCACAAUUAUACAAAUAAUAUACUUGGAUCAGAUUGUACCUACCCCAUUGUUUCUUUUAAUCCAUCCCUUCCAAGUUCCUUUUUCCUCAACAACUUCUCAUUCAACAUUUGUCUGUUUGAUGCUAUGCUACGUUUAAUUAGGGUUGUUUGCAUAUGUGUGUGAUUAUUCAUUUGAGCAAGGGUAGCCUUCCAGAGGCUACCUCCUGCCAGCAGCAUUGAGAGCCUAUAGGUGUUUUAGGUAGGGUGAGGUUCUCCUCCAUUCAUGUGGAAUGUUGGUGGGCUCAGGUUUGCUUGGUCUUGUGUGGGUACCCAUUGCCACUUUGAGUUUAUGGGUUUAGCUAUUCCAUAUCCUUAGCAUGUCUAGGAAACAGGAUCUAUCAAAACUCCUCAAAUGGUAUGCUAAAUAAAGAUUUACACAUUUUCUCUAUAUAAAAUGAUAUAUAUUUUACUUUUACUCAAUUAUGUGCAUUUUGAGUUGUUCUGGGUGAAAGGUACUGGUGUCAGUAACUUUGAAAUGCAUCAGCAAUAAAUUGGGAUGUUUUGGGUAAGUA